AUCGACAAAAGUGACAUCUCUUUUACUUCGAUCUCACUCAACUACUAAUCCCUACAAUGACUAGUGACCCUACGAUUCUUAUAAGCAAGAAAUUACUUCUUUCUUUCCUCCUUAUUUGCAUGGUGGUGGCACCGCCACCGGCUAUGGCGGCGAUCACAUGUGACACAGUAUACAACGACCUGCAACCAUGCCUUAGCUACGUGUUGAUUGGUGGAAGCGUGUCGACAGAAUGUUGUAGUGGGCUUAAAUCUCUUCUUGCUAGCGCAACGACCACCCCUGACCACCAGAGUGCGUGCUCGUGCGUGAAAAAUCUUGCCUCCGCCGCCACCGGAGAAGAAGUUAGCCGUGCCGCUAGUAUCCCCGGGCAAUGUGGUGCCAAUGUUCCUUUCAAGAUUAGUCCAGAUGUUGACUGCUCAAAGGUGAACUAAAGAAAUUUAAAGAGUAACUUAGUAGUAACUCUUUCCAUAUAUAGCAUAUGAGCUACAGAAAAUGAAAAUUCAUUUUUUCCUA